AUGACGACCCUGGGCGGCCCAGGCGGCGGGACAAAGUUCUCCAAACCCUCUCCGCCCGAGCGAGGGAGCUUCCCGCUGGACCACGAGGCGGAAUGUCAACCCAUCAUGAAGGAAUACCUGAAAUGCCUGAGGCGCCAUCGCGGUGUCAACGAUGACUUGUGCCGACAAUUGAGCAAGAGCUAUCUGCAAUGUAGAAUGGAGAGGUAAGACCCCCAUACACACACACAAUGACCCUAUAGGAAGGAAGGAGGGGGGUUUUGGAAGCGCUAAUGGGAGGUCCUGGCAGGAAUCUGAUGGCACCCGACUCGAUGAGGAAUCUCGGCUUUCACGAUCCGGAAUCCGAGGCACAAGCUGCUGCGGCUGCGGCGAAGACGGGCGAUGGAGAUGGGAGUCGAAAUCUUCCGGUGGCGGGGAGGAAUGAACAGUCGGAGAGAUGA